CAGCCACCGUCCUGUUCCACAUCGCCAUCUUCUCCGGUUGCAGAAUCACUUCCUGAUACACGAACUCCGCCGGGCACUGCAGCAUCGCCUGACCAGGGGACACAAUAAGGUCGGCACACAGGUAAGAGAUCAAACUUCCUCAACACUGUCCCAUCCUGUGUCCCCCACGACCAGGAAACCACAGGUAAGAGAUCAAACUUCCUCAACACUGUCCCAUCCUGUGUCCCCCACGACCAGGAAACCACAGGUAAGAGAGAAAUUCCCUCAAACUAUCCCAUCCUGUGUCCCCCACGACCGGGAAACCACAGGUCAGAGAGAAAUCCCCUCAACACCAUCCCAUCCUGUGUCCCCCACGACCAGGAAACCACAGGUUAGAGAGAAAUCCCCUCAACACCAUCCCAUCCUGUGUCCCCCACGACCAGGAAACCACAGGAUAGAGAGAAAUCCCCUCAACACCAUCCCAUCCUGUGUCCCCCACGACCAGGAAACCACAGGUUAGAGAGAAAUCCCCUCAACACCAUCCCACCCUGUGUCCCCCACGACCAGGAAACCACAGGUUAGAGAGAAAUCCCCUCAACACCAUCCCACCCUGUGUCCGCACGACCGGGAAACCACAGGUUAGAAAUCAAACUUCCUCAACACUGUCCCAUCCUGUGUCCCCCACGACCAGGAAACCACAGGUCAGAGAGAAAUCCCCUCAACACCGUCCCACCCUGUGUCCUCACGACAGGGAAACCACAGGUUAGAGAGAAAUCCCCUCAACACUGUCCCAUCCUGUGUCCCCCACGACCAGGAAACCACAGGUUAGAGAGAAAUUCCCUCAACACCGUCCCAUCCUGUGUCCCCCACGACCAGGAAACCACAGGAUAGAGAGAAAUUCCCUCAACACCGUCCCAUCCUGUGUCCCCCAUGACCAGGAAACCACAGGAUAGAGAGAAAUUCCCUCAAUACCGUCCCAUCCUGUGUCCCCCACGACCAGGAAACCACAGGUCAGAGAGAAAUCCCCUCAACACCAUCCCACCCUGUGUCCGCACGACCGGGAAACCACAGGAUAGAGAGAAAUUCCCUCAACACCGUCCCACCCUGUGUCCCCCACGACCGGGAAACCACAGGUCAGAGAGAAAUUCCCUCAAACCAUCCCACCCUGUGUCCGCACGACCGGGAAACCACAGGAUAGAGAGAAAUUCCCUCAACACCAUCCCAUCCUGUGUCCCCCACGACCAGGAAACCACAGGUCAGAGAGAAAUCCCCUCAACACCAUCCCAUCCUGUGUCCCCCACGACCGGGACUCCACAGGUCAGAGAGAAAUUCCCUCAACACCAUCCCAUCCUGUGUCCCCCACGACAGGGAAACCACAGGUCAGAGAGAAAUCCCCUCAACACCAUCCCACCCUGUGUCCCCACGACCAGGACUCCACAGGUUAGAGAGAAAUUCCCUCAACACCAUCCCAUCCUGUGUCCCCCACGACAGGGAAACCACAGGUCAGAGAGAAAUCCCCUCAACACCAUCCCACCCUGUGUCCCCCACGACCAGGAAACCACAGGUCAGAGAGAAAUCCCCUCAACACCAUCCCACCCUGUGUCCGCACGACCAGGAAACCACAGGUCAGAGAGAAAUCCCCUCAACACCGUCCCAUCCUGUGUCCCCCACGACCAGAAAACCACAGGUCAGAGAGAAAUCCCCUCAACACCAUCCCACCCUGUGUCCCCCACGACCAGGAAACCACAGGUCAGAGGGAAAUCCCCUCAACACCAUCCCAUCCUGUGUCCCCCACGACCAGGAAACCACAGGUUAGAGAGAAAUCCCCUCAACACCAUCCCAUCCUGUGUCCCCCACGACCAGGAAACCACAGGUUAGAGAGAAAUCCCCUCAACACCAUCCCACCCUGUGUCCCCCACGACCAGGAAACCACAGGUCAGAGAGAAAUCCCCUCAACACCGUCCCAUCCUGUGUCCCCCACGACCAGGAAACCACAGGUCAGAGAGAAAUCCCCUCAACACCAUCCCACCCUGUGUCCCCACGACCAGGAAACCACAGGAUAGAGAGAAAUCCCCUCAACACCAUCCCAUCCUGUGUCCCCCACGACCAGGAAACCACAGGUCAGAGAGAAAUCCCCUCAACACCGUCCCACCCUGUGUCCCCACGACCAGGAAACCACAGGUCAGAGAGAAAUCCCCUCAACACCAUCCCACCCUGUGUCCCCCACGACCGGGAAACCACAGGAUAGAGAGAAAUUCCCUCAAACCAUCCCACCCUGUGUCCGCACGACCGGGAAACCACAGGUCAGAGAGAAAUCCCCUCAACACCAUCCCACCCUGUGUCCCCCACGAUCAGGAAACCACAGGUCAGAGAGAAAUCCCCUCAACACCAUCCCACCCUGUGUCCGCACGACCAGGAAACCACAGGUCAGAGAGAAAUCCCCUCAAACCAUCCCACCCUGUGUCCGCACGACCGGGAAACCACAGGAUAGAGAGAAAUCCCCUCAACACCGUCCCACCCUGUGUCCCCCACGACCGGGAAACCACAGGUCAGAGAGAAAUCCCCUCAACACCAUCCCAUCCUGUGUCCGCACGACCGGGAAACCACAGGUCAGAGAGAAAUCCCCUCAACACCGUCCCACCCUGUGUCCCCCACGACCGGGAAACCACAGGUCAGAGAGAAAUCCCCUCAACACCGUCCCACCCUGUGUCCGCACGACCGGGAAACCACAGGAUAGACAGAAAUCCCCUCAAACCAUCCCACCCUGUGUCCGCACGACCGGGAAACCACAGGAUAGAGAGAAAUCCCCUCAACACUGUCCCAUCCUGUGUCCCCCACGACCGGGAAACCACAGGUCAGAGAGAAAUCCCCUCAACACCAUCCCAUCCUGUGUCCUCACGACCGGGAAACCACAGGUUAGAGAGAAAUUCCCUCAAACUAUCCCACCCUGUGUCCCCCACGACCGGGAAACUACAGGUUAGAGAGAAAUUCCCUCAACACCGUCCCAUCCUGUGUCCUCACGACCGGGAAACUACAGGUUAGAAGUCAAUUGUUGGUUCAUUCAGCAGUACAAUAAUCUGCACAUCGUCCCCGUGGAACGUGAGGGUUCGUCGGCAUAGAGGCCUUUAAGCCUACUCCACCCCCACAUGGACCUCAUUUUUCUAGAAGAUCCGAGCGAUGUCAUCAACGGGCACAAAGCAGCACACCCUCAGACCUCCCUGCCAUCUCGGGGGAUUUUAAGCAGGCCAGCUGGAAGAAGUCCCUAAAUAAUAAUUGCCAUCAAGUCGCUUGCAGUAGCAGAGGAACCCAUUGCUACACCGCCAUCAAGGAUGUCUGCCGCGCUGUCUCACACCCUCACUCCGGGCAGCCUGACCACCCGGCUGCACUUCUACUCCCUGAGUACAGGCAGAGACUGAAGACUGCAGCCCGCAAAGACCUGCCUUCCUGGAGAAGGGUCUUGGCCCGAAACGAGGACUGCACUUUGUGCCCACAGACGGUGCCUGGCCUGCUGAGUUCCUCCAUCAUUUUGUGUGUGUCGCCAGGAGGUCGGUCGUCUGCUGAGGGGGUAGAUCUGUGGCAUUUAAGUCUGUUGACCCACAGAUAUUACUUGUGGAGGGCUAUUUCCAGAGGCAAGAAACGAUUCCGGGAGAGGUUGGAGGCGAUGUUGGACGCACGUCAAACCACAAUAGCAUGAAUGGCAGCGAUGUUUCUAUACCGGAUGAGCUCAAGGCCUUCUAUGCUCGCUUUGAAAGGGAAACUAAAACCACAGCUGUGAGGAUCCGUGCAGCACCCAGUGACCCUGUCAUCUGUCAGGCUGUCUUUCAGGAAGGUGAACCCUCGCAAGGCGGCAGGCCCCGAGUACCCGGUCAGGCUGUGCCAACCGACCGGCGGGAGUGUUCAAAGACAUCUUCAAUCUCUCACUGCUAAGUUCCCAGCCACAGCAAGUAUUUUGUUACUGUAAAUGUGCGUGCUGCCAGGCUCCUCUUAGAUACUGCUACAACAAGUAUACCAGUGUGUAAGAGGAGCCCGGUAGCUCUCACAUCUACAGUAACAAAAUGCUUUGAGAGUUUGGUCACGACUAGGCUGAACUCCCGCCUCAGCAAGGACCUGGACCCAUUGCAGUUUGCCCAUCACCACAACAGGUCAACGGCAGAUGCAAUCUCAAUGGCUCUCCACACGGCUUUAGACCACCUGGACAACACAAACACCGACAUCAGGAUGCUGUUCAUCGACUAUAGCUCAGCAUUUAAUACCAUCAUUCUCAUAAUCCUGACUGAGAAGCUGCAGAACCUGUCUCUGUACCUCCCUCUGCAGUUCCUAACUUCCUAACCAGAAGACCACGAUCUAUGCAGACUGGUAAUAUCAUCACCUCACAGGCUAUACACUGGCUCACCUCAGGGGUGUGUGCUUAGCCCACUGAUCUACUCUCUCUAUAACCAUGACUGUGAGGCUAGGUAUAGCUCAAAUACCAUCUAUAAAUUUGCUGAUAACACAACCAUUGUUGGUGGAAUCUCAGAUGGUGACGAGAGGGCGUACAGGAGUGAGAUAUGCCAACUCGUGGAGUGGUGCCGCAGCAACAACCUGGCACUCAACGUCAGCGAGACGAAAGAGCUGAUUGUGGACUUCAGGGAGGGUAAGACAGAAGGAACACACACCAAUCCUCACAGAGGGGUCAGAAGUGGAGAGAGUGAGCAGCUUCAAGUUCCUGGGUGUCAAGAUCUCUGAGGAUCUAACCCGGUCCCAGCAUAUCGAUACUGUUAUAGAGUAGGCAAGACAGCGGCUAUACUUCAUUAGGCGUUUGAAAAGAUUUAGCAAGUCAAGAAAAACACUCAAAUUUCUACAGAUGUACGGUGGAGAGCAUUCUGACAGGCUGUAUCACUGUCUGGUGUGGAGGGGCUACAGCACAGGACCGAAAGAAGCUGCUGAAAGUCAUAAAUUUAGUACCCAGGACAUCUUCAAAGAGCGAUGUCUCAGAAAGGCAGCAUCCAUAUUAAGGACCUCCAGCACCCAGGGCAUGCCCUUUUCUCACUGUUACCAUCAGGUAGGAAAUACAGAAGUCUGAAGGCACAUACUCAAUGAUUCAGGAACAGCUUCUUCCCCUCUGUCAUCAGGGAGGGGGUACAGGAGCCUGAAGACACACACUCAGCGAUUCAAGAACAGCUUCUUCCCCUCUGCCAUCAGGGAGGAGGUACAGGAGCCUGAAGACACACACUCAGCGAUUCAGGAACAGCU